UUCCGACGGCCGUCGUUGCCGAUCCCGGUAAGGGGAACUAGCUUGGGAUUUUGAUACGGGAUACGAACCUCAACCAGUGUAUUCGUGCUUCGUAGCUGAGGAUGUUUCGACCACCACCAAUAUGAAAAUUGAAGGUGCUACACAAAUAUUUAAGAAACUGGACAUUGGUUCGCUGGAGAUAGGGGAUUAUCUUGCAAUUGGUGCAAUAUUUGCUGCAACAGAUUCUGUAUGCACGUUGCAGGUGCUCAAUCAGGAUGAGACACCUUUACUCUAUAGUCUUGUAUUUGGGGAGGGUGUUGUUAACGAUGCUACAUCUGUGGUGCUUUUCAAUGCUAUCCAGAGCUUUGAUCUCACUCACAUUGAUUCCAGAAUUGCUUUGCAUUUUAUGGGCAACUUCUUAUAUUUGUUUUUCACAAGCACCAUGCUAGGAGUGUUUGCAGGGCUGCUCAGUGCUUACAUUAUUAAAAAGCUUUAUUUUGGCAGGCACUCUACAGAUCGCGAGGUUGCUCUUAUGAUGCUCAUGGCAUACCUGUCAUAUAUACUGGCUGAAGUAAGCUUCUCCUCUACUCUGGGCAGAUGAUGACCAAUCCUUUGCUGAGGAGGAUUCUCACUUUUCUGGUGAGCGGUACUUUCAAGCGAAAAAUGUUGAACCAAUUGUAACAUCAGAUGAUCCUAUAGGACUAACAGUGACUGAAUUGUAUGCGAGGAGUGAUGAGAAUGAUUUAAUAGCUCAAUAUGAUGGACAGUUGAUGUACAUCACAGCAAGGCAGUUGAACACCAAGAUCAGUGAGGAGAUAGCAAAGCCAGUUGAGCUCGGCAGCUGCAUUAGCUACUGACCUGUACUCAGCUUCAGUGGAAGACCUUGCAACAGAUUUUUGCUUUUUAGAACUCCAGGAGACGGGAUUACACCCAAGAUAGAUGACAUAAGCACUGGUGGAUGAAAAAUCAUUCUUGUCACCUGCCCAGUCUGCGUCUGAAUAGGCGUGGAGAUUUAAUGGGGACUGAGACCUUUAGCUAAUUAGGAUAGAGUUAUUUCUUCAAUUGU